AUGAACUCUGCUGGAUCACUCGGAUUAGUUAGACGUGUCGAUGCAAAUGUGAUAGCAUUGGUGCACAAAGUAAAAGAGCAAGCUGAAGCAAAACAAGGCAAACAAUAUAAACAGUUCGCUGCUGUUUCAUAUCGCGAACAAAUUGUAAAUGGUAUAAACUACUUUGUCAAGGUUAGAGUUGAUCAUGAUGAGUUUAUACAUCUUAGAAUUUAUCAAGAUUUUAGAAAGACUGUUCUCUUGUUGAAUUCUGUUCAAGAGGGUCAUACUCUUGACUCUGAGAUUACCUAUUUCUAG